GUUUCUGGGUUUUUCUUUUUAGUUUUUAUGAUAGUUUAUUUGCAAUUUUUGGGGAUGAAUGAUGGUUUUUCUCAAGUGAGUAUUUGCUUAAUUUUAAGCUUUUAUGGAUUAAAUGCUCCAUUUGGGAAAUGGGUUUGCUUGGGUUUUUUUCCUUUGAUUUUUGAAUUGGGGAUAUGAUGGAUUUGUACUGUGUACUGUAACUGUUGAGAGAGUAAAGGUGUGGGCUCUGAAUAAAAUGGUGGGUCACAUUUUUUUAAGUUUUUUUCGUCCUCCCUUUUUUGUUCUUUUUAUUAGCUUAAACAUCGAUGCUGUUCUUGAUAGGGAUUAUGAUCCCCUUUCCUCGUUGCUAGAUCUAAAUGGGAGCCUUGGAAUUGGCACGGGGAGAAUUAUGGCGUUCAAAGGAACUCCAAUUUUGAUGCCUCCCAAGGUGUAUGGACUCAAGCGGCCUUGAAUGAGGAAGACCUUUCCUACAUGUUUGAUGAAACAACCCCUGUUAAGGAAUGUGGGGAUCUGUCAUACCAUGUUACUUAUAAUGAUAAUACAAUCAAGGAACCAGAGGACAAGAGGGAGACCUCUUCUCAAGUUAAAAGGCGUAGAAUGCUUCAAUUUGACACUCAUGCAGUAGAUUCUUUCCUCAUCUGUGAAGAGAUGCCAUCUACAUUCCUAAAAUCAAGAGAGAGGGAUGACUCGAUUGAAGAGGUUUUACCUGAUGCAUCUCAGUGGGUUGCUGGAUUUUCAGAAGAUGCAUCAGCUUCCAGUUAUGAGGGCAUAGAUCAGUCGUGUGAAAGGUGGCUUGCUGACUAUUUAAAUGAUGCGGAGAUGCUUCUUAGCUCUGAUGAUAUGAAUCUUACUGGGGCAUCUGAUGUUCAUAUUGAUAUUUCAGAGACAGCAUUGUGCAAUGCCCAACCUGAGUCUGGUGCUCAUGCUGUUCAAAAGCAGGCAACUCGAACUCCUCAAAAUGUUGUUUUCAAAGGUAGGAAGUCUUUCAUACAAGCGCCCCCUGAGCUAGCAUCUUCUGUUGCCUACCCAUUUGCUUUCAUUAAACCUUGUGGUUUCCAUGGGGAUGUUACCCUGAAGGAUAUAAACCAGCGAAUUCAAACUCCACCAUCAUCAAAAUCAAAACAAAGUAAUGAAGAUCUUGCUGCUGCUUUCCCAACCUCUGCUUUUUCUGGGAAGCCUGUUGUUGGCAAAACUAAAAUUCGUACUGAAGGAGGAAAAGGAAGCAUCACAAUUAUGAGAACCAAAGGCUGAGUAGAUAAGUUUGCUUCUGAACUUUCUUUUUUUAGUGGCCCUUUGAUCUCCCUCUCAAUUAAAUCUGGUGGUAGAGUAUCUCCAUAUUAUUCCUGGGUCAAACUAGUAUAGAAGCUGAUACUACAUUUUUUUUUUUGUUGGACGUCUCGGAAAUCAUAAUACUCAUCAAAGUAUUUUUGUUUCCUCGUAGUAUUCUAGGUGUCUAAUUGUUGUUUUAUACGUUGCUUUAUUUUUAGGCUAUAAAUGGAAGUCAUGAUGUUUGAGAUCCACCUAUUCUUCUUUUGGUUUCGAGAAAAGACCUAAUUAAUGCUUUUGCUGAGCAGAACUUGUGUAUUCACAUGGUAUAUCUAGAUGAUAUAUUUUACAUGUAGUGGAAGCAUAAGCUCGUACUGUUGUACCAACUCUUUCUCUCUCUCUCUCUCUCUCUCUCCAAGUCAAUGACAACAUUAGUGUAUUGCUGUGUAAAUGGUC